GCACCCUUUUGACCGUUUGAAAAUGAAAGAUGAUAAUCGUUAUGAUUUAAAAUGAAUUAGUGUGAUUGUGAGGGAUCGUCAUCCUGCAAUUAGGACAAUGAACGGAUGAACUCUUGAUUCUGUGAUUCAUCAAUGAUUCCUCUUUUCGCCUUAUUCUUUCAACUUUACCUGUAUUGGGACAAAUUGAAAAGUUUCUACUGGUUUGUUACAGAUGCGGAUCAACUGGAAUAUAUAAUAAUCAGCAGCAAUCAGCGAAUUGGAUAAAUCUUUCCGGUUAAAAGAAGAAGAUGAAGAUGAAGAAGGAGAACGAAAAGGAGAAUAUUGAGUGGAAAAGAAGUAAAAAGGAAAAGUUGUAAUAUAUGGAAGAUUAUCGCUUGACCAUUUAACGUGUUGAGUUCAUUCAACUUUAAAUCGCCUCAAAGGCAAAUUAUCUUUUAUUAAAAUAAUCGAGAUCCUCAAAGGACUUGGAGCUAUUUCUUGAAGAAGCCCGAUGACCCAAAAAUUGGAAGUAAACAAGGAUAAAAUUCAAAGCCUAGUUGAAAUCAAAUGAUGUUUUUGGAAAGUAAAAGUAUUACCAGCAUCAUCAUUUGCACCAAUCUGAAAUAUGGGAAAAGUCUUAAAACCCGAAUCAUGUGAAGAAGGGGUUAAUAAGUUUUGGUUGAGUUGAAAAAAGAGGCAUAGAACUCUCGUUGACAAGAACUGAUAAACAACUUUAAAAUUCAGUGAAUCAGUAUAAAAGCAGGCUGAGGUUGCUUUGGAAAAUCAUUCAGCUUGAAACUUCCAAAAGCAUUACAACAAACAUUUGCCUUUAAAACUAUCUUAUUAAAACGCUUUUAUAUACUUUUACUUUUGACUUAAAGUCUUAUUUUCAAAUCAACUUGUGAAUCUAUUUUAACAUUUUCUUAUUACAACAUUUCAUUAAUUACAAACGCUUUUUGCGAAAAUGUCUCUAUACUUAACUCUUGUUCAUCUAUUAAUUGGACUGACUUUUGCUCCGUCCCUCAUUUACUCAUCAUCUUCUCCAAUUGUUCAAAGUAAAACUGGAAUCAUUCGUGGUACAACAAUAGUUAAACCAGGCUCAAUCUUGGUUAACCAAUUUCUUGGAGUUCCCUACGCUCAACCUCCCAUUGGAUCACGAAGGUUUGGCCGACCUCAACCUUUGGCUUCUGAUCCACUUCGAACAAUCGAUGCAACUAAACCAGCUGCUACAUGUGUCCAAUUUCCUCAUAUUGCUGAAGCAAUUAACCCAUUGUUGAAUUUUGAUGCAAACCAUAAGGUUUCUGAAGAUUGUCUUUACUUGAACAUCUAUGCACCUUAUGUCAACGAAUCUGAAUCAUCUUCUUCCGCUCUUCCAGUUAUGGUUUGGCUUGCGGGUGAAGGUUUCGACUUUGCUGAUGCCAAUCAAUUUGAUGGCUCAUAUUUAUCUGCCUUUGGUCAAGUUAUUGUUAUAACAGUCCAAUAUCGUGUUGGUGUUUUCGGUUUCCUUAAAGAUGAUAUCAUCUCACAAGGUAAUAUGGGUAUUUGGGACCAAGUUGAAGCUCUCAAAUGGAUCCAAGAUAAUGUUGCUGUUUUCGGUGGUGAUUCAAAGAAGGUUACAGUUUUUGGCCGAUUUUCUGGUUCAAUGGCAAUUACUCAUCUCUUGACUUCUCCAUUACUUCGCAAUUUGAAUGAGCCACUUUUCUCAAAGGCUAUUCUCAUGUCAGGAGUUGCCGUUGAUGAAUGGACAAUGGAAAAAGCACCUCUUGAACGAUCAAACAGUUUUAUCCACGCUUUGGGUUGUGAUCAAUUAAAUGCCUCUAAAUGUCUUUACUUCGCCAGUUCAGAUGAAAUCCUCAGUAAAUCUGGUUACGGUUGGAAACCAACAACCGACAAUGUCUUGAUUACUGAUGGACCAUUUGCUGCCCUUAGUCGCGGAGAAAUUGCCAGAGGAGUUGAAUCAGUAAUGAUCGGAUCAACUGCAUCAGAAGGAUCACUUUGCUUAUUAACAUGGAUGGUAACUAAGCGAAACAUUUACAAUAAAUUGAUUUCUGGCGAUCUUACUGAACAACAAAUGAUUUCAUUGGCCAAGAAAGAUUUAAAAACUUAUAAAACUGGAAAUGGCGAUGCUGUUUUCCAAUCAUUCAUUAAAUCUCGCACCUUAAAAUCUGGCAUGCCUUUGGCUCGCGAAUAUGUUAACUUCUGCUCUAACCUGUUGAUCAACUCACAUUCUGAAAGAUUAGCAUCUAUCCUUAAUACUCUAGACAUCGAAACAAGUUCUUACAAACUUCAUUACAAACCUGGUUUCUCCCUGGCUCCAGAUUUUAUUGAAACUGGUUCACAUGGUGAUGAUGUUCUUCUCGCCUUUGGUUUACCAUUCAACAAUCCAUCUGAAGCAGAUGAACGUGAUCUUUCUGUAUCAUCAUCUCUUCUUUCACUAAUCUCAUCUUUUGCCUGGUCAAUUGAUCUAUCAACAGUUUCAUCAGCCCCUAAUGGCGAUUUAAUCAUCUCUAGGAGACCAUCACCCUCCAAAUUAACUUUAAAUGCUCCACUUUGCAAUGGUACAUCAAUACCUAACUCGUGUUCAAUGAAGAAGACCUUAUCAACGUUUAUCAACAUGCUUGAUUCUAAGCCCUCCGUAAAAACAUCGAUCCCAAAUUAUUCAUCAUAAUGUGUUGAAUAUAUUCAACAUAUCGCACAAAUGUAAAUAACUUCAUCCAAGUCUUCAAAAUCCAUCUUCAUUGCCACAAAAACCAUUGCCAUAUAACAUUGUACAUGCACAUCAAGAAGUCAUUAAUUGUCACACUAUUUGAUUAAAUCAACUGUUACGUUUACAAUUAAUAGAUAAAAGUUUAUAUGCAUGCGACGAAA